AUGCAAUCAGAAUGGAAAAGCCUGACCACAUCCAGAUGGAUGAAGAUAGCACUCGGAGCUGUGUUUGUACUGGGGAAUGCGGUCUUGUACUUUAACUCUAGGCACUUCAUUACAGAGAUCCUCCUGUCUCAUUCUCCCAUGCUUUCAGCCAACUUCACGAAGGAUAAUUUUACUCACCAUUCAAGUCUGGACAAAAUGUUUUACCAGUCUAGUAGCGUUUUUACAACGGAGAUGGCUUUUUUACGUGAGCCGGUUGUUAACCCUCAUGAUUUCAAGUAUUUGAUCCAGCCCAAAGUAACUUGUGCCAAUGAAGACGUUAUUCUGGUUAUGUGUGUCCCUAUAGCCUACAACAACUAUGAAGGCAGAUCUGUCAUUAGAAAAACAUGGGGAAGCUACGCCUACAACAUGUCAAACAAAGCCCGUCUGGUGUUCUUCAUCGGGAACAUCCCGCCAGAAUCUGGCAAAUCUGCAGCAUUUACUCAAAGAAACAUUUCGGCAGAAUCUUUACAAUAUGGAGACAUAUUACAAGAAGAUUAUGUUGAUUCCUAUCGCAAUCUUAGUUUAAAAUCUGUGUCCAUCCUUAAGUGGGUUCAUUUGUUUUGUUCUUUUACUAAAUUUGUCUUAAAAGUGGACGAUGAUAUUUAUAUCAACAUUCCGUUUCUUGUUAAUGUAUUGCAUGAAUAUUCUUCCCACAAAUCAAGCCCCAAGUCUUACGUAAUUGGAUCUCUGCAAGUGAACGCACACCCCAAGAGAGAUUCAAACUCAAAAUGGUACACACCAACUUCGAUGUUCCCAGGAAACACAUACCCUAACUACGCCAUAGGGCCAGCCUACGCCAUGACUGGAAUUGCAGCUUCUCUGUUGUAUGAGGCUUCUCUUAGAGUCCCAACAUUUUGGCUAGAAGACAUUUACAUAACGGGAUUAUGCGCCAAAACGGCUUCGGUUAAACUUUAUGAAAGUGGCUAUUUUACUUUUGAAAAACGGGCAGUGUCAGGAUGUUCCUUUAAGUCCAAUAUUUCCGGACACCAAUACAAACAUCAGGAGAUAUUACAGAUACACAAACAGCUAAAUGAUCCAAAUCUUAAGUGUUGA